AUGACAGCUCUAAGCACUUCUCUUGAUAAACUUGGUAACCUCAAACAGCUACGUGUCGAUUCUUUUGAACACGUUGCCCUGCAGGCCGAUGCACUGAGCUCACUUUCCCCUCCCUUCCGCAACCUCGAGCUGCUUGACCUGCAAUAUGGAUGCACCUUCUCUCGAGUUCCUAGGUGGAUGGGACAUCUCCAUAACCUCCGUGAGCUGUUCAUUGGGGUGAAGCAGGUACUCCAGGAAGAUGUUGCCUUCAUUGGGACAUGGAUGCCGUCUCUCAUCCUCAGCCUGCGGAUCCCAGGCGUCCUGACGGAAAGGAUCGUGAUAGGAGGCUCCACGGGAUUCCCAGUUCUCAGAUGGUUUCUGUUCGACUGCGAUGGCGUGUCGUUCCUGACAUUUGAGGCAGGAGCGAUGCCUGCGCUCCGGGAGCUGGAGUUGGCCUUGGAUGCAGACCAAUGGGACAAGGCAGCACCUGCCGGGCUCCAGCAUCUCCCGAGCCUCGAGACAAUCACAACAUGGAGAGAGUGCUACACUAGCAAACAGAAGGCUGCCGGUUCUGCACUGAUCAUGAGCGUGUUCCAGGAAGCUGCUGACACUCUCCCCACACGCCCUAAAUUCAACCUCUGCACAAAAGUGAGACGCAGACCCACGGAGGAGGACUGA